GACGGAUUCUCCCCAUGGAAGCUCCGGAGAUUCCCGAGUUUUUCCCGCUGGGAUUGGAAUUCCUGGAUUGAUUCCAGCUCGGAAUUCCCAUCGUAUUCCCGAAAUUCCCAUGAAUUCCGAGCUCGUUCUCCCGGGAAAGCCGGGGACGCGGAGCAUGAUGGAAUCGCGGAUCCGGAGGCUGGCGACGACGCUGAUGGACGCGAGCACGGAUAAAGAUCCCGAGGUGCAGGAGCAGAUCCGGAAUUCCCUGAGUUCCCUGGGAAACGCCGAUCCCGAGGAAAUGCUGGAAUGCUGCGGGGAGUACCUGCGGCAGCACGAGAAGCUGCCGUUCCCAUUCCGGGCCCUGAUCCUGUUUUCCAUGGGUUCCGUUAUCCGGAGCCAUCUCCAGGAUCUCGGGAAGGGCUCGGCCGCCGCCGCCGCCGCUUUGGCCGCUCGCGAGAUGACCCGAGCCAAGGAGGAAAUCUGGGAAUGGCAGGAAGCCGCCAGCCAGGUCCUGGUGGAGCUCGGGAAGAAAUUCCUGAAUAAAGUCAUGGAAGAGGUGCUGGGAAAAUUCCAGCCGGGAAUUCUGCCCCAUCCCGCCGUGCUCCGAACCUUCGGGAACCUCGCCGCGGCCAACGUUUUCGGGAUGGUUCCGUUCCUGAAUUCCAUCCUGGGGACGCUGCUGCCCAUGCUGGGAAUGGCCCGGGCGGAUUCCAUGAAAUGCACGCUCUGCUUCGCCCUGCAGCGUUUCAGCGAGAGCAUCCUGGAAUAUUUGGCGGCUCGGGAUCAGGCUCCGGACCCCACGAUCCGCAGGGAUGCCUUUGCCCAGGAGCUGGGAGCCGCCUUCGAGCUCCUCUUCCACGCCUGGCUCCCCCACAGAGACGCCAAGGUGCGUUUGGCCGUGCUGGAAGCCCUGGGCCCCAUGAGCUCCUUAAUUCCCGAGGAAAAGCUGGAAGAGCAACUCCCAAAAAUCCUGCCGGGAAUUCUCGGCCUCUACAAGAAACACCCGGAGCCUUUUCCCAUCUCCAAGAGCCUCUGCCAGAUUCUGGAAUCUUCCGUGGGAAUCGGGAGCCGGAGCUUGGAAGCGCAGCUGGAUUCGCUCCUGGGAACGCUGCUGGCCCAGAUUUGUGCUCCGGCCGAUCCCAACGUUCCCACAAACGCCAAGAACCACACGGAGCUCCUGCGCUGCUUCUCCGUCCUGGCUUUUCCUUUCCCGGAUCGGCUCCUCCUUUUCCUGCUCCCGAAAUUGGAGAGCGGCUCGGAACGGCUCCGCGUGGGAUCCCUGCUCGUGCUGCGCCACCUCCUCAACAGCGCCCCUUCCCAGAUGGAAAUCAAGAAACUCAGCAUCCUCUCUUCCAUGAAACUCCCGCUGCAGGACGGAAGCAACAAG